AAACUGGGUAGGCCAUCUCCACAGUUUGCUUGAGGGGGGGGUUCCCUGAGAUCAAGCAAGGGAAGCGGUUACCGUCUAUUACAAUCUAACCACAUCAAACGUAAUCGCGACAUCUGAACGGUUAAUCGGUAAUGAUAGUUGAUGAUGUUUUCGGUCCAGCAGCAAUUGGAGGCAUGCUAUUGCUCCGGCUUCUUCAGUGAGUGCGUGAACCCCCUGCUGUCACAAAGAUUGUUGAACCACCCUUAUUUGCCACAGCUCUGGCUACCGCUGCCCAUCAAGUUGCAACAGCCGCGGCCGGAGAAACCUCCUUAUUCUUAUAUCGCCCUGAUCGCUAUGGCGAUUAGUUCUUCCCCAAGGCAAAGAUUAACGCUCAGCGGGAUCUACAGAUUUAUUAUGGAAAACUUUCCUUACUACAGAGAAAACAAACAAGGGUGGCAAAAUUCUAUAAGACACAAUCUGAGUUUGAACGAUUGUUUUGUAAAAGUAGCAAGAGACAAAGUUUCACCUUUACCAUUAAAUUCUUCAUUGGAAAAUGGUGCCGGAAAAGGCAGCUACUGGAUGCUGGAUCCCAAAGCUGUGAAUAUGUUCGAAAAAGGAAACUAUAGAAGACGAAAAACCAGACGGCAACGAAUUGUUGAUUGUACGGCUGAAUUAUACCCACAGGAUCAAGCCAUAUCUCUAGUCACAAAGAAUAGCGAAGUUCUAAGUAUAGAAAGUGAGGACCACACAUCUGAAUCGACAAGAAAAAAUAAAAAUUCAAGUUUAUUUACCAUAGAAAAUCUAAUCAAAAGCAAUGAGCCUGGCAAUAAAUCUGUUUAAAUAAAUAAAUAUAUUUAACUCAACUUUGAAGUUACCAUGUUUU